AUGGAACCAUCCACUGUCAAAAAGGUUUACAUUGUGUAUUUGGGGUCACACAUGCAUGGUAAACAGCCAACAUCUAUGGAUGUUGACAAUGCCAAGAAUUCUCAUUUUGAGUUGCUGGGCCUCUCCUUGAAAAGUAACACAAAGAAAGCCAAAGAUGCCAUUUUCUACCACUAUACCAGAAACAUAAAUGGCUUUGCUGCUAUGCUUCACGAGGAAGAAGCAAUAGAGAUUCAGAAACAUCCAGACGUUAUCUCGGUUUUCCAGAGCAACGAAAGAAAAUUGCAAACGACCCGGUCAUGGGGUUUCCUUGGACUAGAGACGAAAAGUGGAGAAGUUCCAAGGAGCUCAGUUUGGAACAAGUCAAGGUUUGGCGAAGAUGUCAUCAUCGCAAAUCUUGAUAGUGGUGUUUGGCCACAGCGAGCGAGCUUCCGUGAUGAAGGAUAUGGACCAGUGCCGCUGAGAUGGAAAGGUCGCUGUGAGGAGGACAAGACAGAUAAUCCAAUCCAAUGCAAUAAGAAGUUGAUAGGAGCUAGGUAUUUUAGCAGUGCUGCGAGAGCAAGAUUUGGAGUGGAACAUACCCCUGAUAGUUGUCGGGAUAUCAAUGGCCAUGGAACCCACUCAUUAACGAUAGCAGGGGGAAACUUUGCGCCUCGUGUAAAUUAUCAAACUUACGCAUAUGGAAAUGCAAAGGGGGGCUCGCCAAAAGCCCGCCUCGCUGCUUACAAGGUGUGUUGGAUAAAUUGCCUGGAGGCGGACAUCUUGGCUGGCUUUGAUGCUGCCAUAAGUGAUGGGGUCGAUGUUAUUUCAGUGGCAAUUGCUAAUUUUGGCCCAUCGGAGUUUUUUAAGGAUGUGAUAUCAAUCGGUGCCUUCCAUGCCGUUAAACAAGGCAUAGUUGUGGUUUGUUCUGCGGGCAACUCAGGACCAGAGCCAGGGAGAGUUGACAAUGUGUCUCCUUGGAUAAUCACAGUUGGUGCAAGCACAAUUGAUCGUUUGCCUAUGAACAACCUCAAGGGAACAUCACAUCAUAUCUCCUCCACUUCAAAUAUUAGUUCAACAUAUGGUAAAGCUGCCUUUGCUUAUAACGACCAUGUCGAAUAUCCAAACCUACAAUUGGAAAAAGUGCGAGCUCCUAUAAUGGCUGAUUUCUCAUCUAGGGGACCCAACAUGGUUCAGCCAGCCAUUCUCAAGCCGGAUAUCACUGCACCAGGAGUCGACAUACUUGCUGCUUAUUCUGCAUAUCCAAGAGCUAUAUCUGGUGGAGAAGUUUUCAGGAUAAGAAAUGGAACUUCAGUAUCAUGCUCUCAUGUCACUGGCAUAGUGGGCCUUAUUAGAGCACUCUAUCCAGAUUGGAGUCCAGCUGCUAUCAAAUCUGCUAUCAUGACAUCUGCAACAAAAAAAGACAACACCAAUGCGUUUAUACAGAAUGAAUCACAGAGAAAUGCAACUCCGUUUGACUACGGGGCAGGACAUGUUCAUCCAAGCCGUGCUGCUGAUCCAGGUCUUGUUUAUGACUUGACUGCUAAUGACUACCUAAACUUUCUAUGUGCACAUGGCUACAAUCAAAGCAUUAUCAGGAGAUUUUCUGAUAGGCCUUUCACGUGUCCCACGUUCUUUAGUGUUGCAAACUUGAAUUAUCCAUCACUAACAAUUCCAGAUUUGCAAGGUCGAAUUACCGUAUCAAGAACGGUGAAGAAUGUUGGUACUCCAGGAAAAUAUAGUGUGAUUAUUGAAGAGCCAACAGGAGUGUCAGUUUAUGUUAAUCCAAGGACACUUCAUUUCAAGGAAACAGGAGAAGAAAAGACAUUCAAUGUUACUCUGGAGGUCAAGGCUGAUAAUAAUUCUUCAGACUAUGCGUUCGGAUACUUCACGUGGCUUGAUGGCAAACAUUACGUGAGAAGUAUUAUUGUAGUGAAGCUGAAGCUGUAG